AUGACUGGAACUGAUAUAGAACAAGUAUUACCUCCUGCAUAUGAGCUCAAAGAGCCAGAACCUGAGCACUGUCCUGGACCUGAAUCUGAAAAUGCUGGUAAAGGCAAUGCUUGUACAGGAUGUGCGAAUCAAAGCGUUUGUGAAAGUCUCCCCAAGGGUCCUGAUCCUGAUAUCCCUGCAAUAGUGGAGAAUUUGUCAAAUAUAAAGCAUAAGAUUUUAGUUUUAUCAGGCAAAGGUGGUGUUGGUAAAUCAACUUUUACUACAUUGUUAAGUUGGGCCCUGUCGACAGAUGAAGAUUUGCAGGUGGGGGCGAUGGAUUUAGAUAUCUGUGGACCAUCUUUACCUCAUAUGCUUGGCUGUUCAGAUGAAACUGUGCAUGAAUCCAGUACAGGUUGGACACCCGUUUAUGUCGCUGAUAAUUUGGCAACGAUAUCGAUUCAAUUUAUGUUACCAGAAGACGAUUCUGCGAUUAUUUGGAGAGGUUCAAAAAAGAAUUCACUUAUAAAGAAAUUUCUAAAGGAUGUGGAUUGGGAUCAGUUAGACUACUUAAUAGUGGAUACCCCACCGGGAACAUCUGAUGAACAUAUUUCUAUUAGCAAAUAUAUGAAAGAAUCCGGCAUAGAUGGUGCAUUAGUAGUAACUACACCACAAGAAGUUGCAUUAUUAGAUGUUAGAAAGGAAAUUGACUUUUGCCGAAAGGCUGGUAUUAGAGUACUAGGUUUAGUAGAAAAUAUGAGUGGUUUCGUUUGUCCCAACUGUAAAGGUGAAUCUCAGAUAUUCAAACCAACCACAGGAGGAGGUAAGGCGUUGUGUGAGGAGUUAGGAAUAAGAUUUUUAGGUUCGGUUCCACUAGAUCCAAGAAUUGGUCGCAGCUCCGAUCAAGGUGAGAGUUUCUUAGAUACACAUCCGGACAGUCCAGCCUCUACUGCUGUUCUCGAGGUCGUAGAGGCACUUCGAGAUGAGGUGGGAGAUUUUUGA